CGCCUGCGCCGGAACGGCUGCCUCGCUCCCGGAAGUGGAGGGUCUGCGCGGAGAGAGCUGCUGGCUGGGUCUGGGUGCCCGGAGGCAGGAGCGCUCGCGGAGCUCGUCCAUCGGCCCCGGACCGCCAUGUCAGCCUUCGACACUAACCCCUUCGCGGACCCAGUGGACGUAAAUCCCUUCCAGGAUCCCUCUGUGACCCAGCUGACCCAUGCCCCUCAAGGUGGCCUGGCUGAAUUCAACCCCUUCUCAGAGACAAAUGCAGCAACGACAGUUCCUGUCACACAGCACCCCGGGCCCUCGCAGCCGGCGGUGCUCCAGCCCUCCGUGGAACCCAUCCAGCCAACCCCACAGGCUGUUGCCUCUGCGGCCCAGGCGAGCCUGCUCCGGCAGCAGGAAGAACUGGACCGGAAGGCCGCCGAGCUGGAGCGCAAGGAGCAGGAGCUGCAGGACACUGUGACCAACCUGCACGUGAGAGAGAACAACUGGCCGCCCCUGCCCUUCUUUUGUCCGAUCAAGCCCUGCUUCUAUCAGAAUUUUGCCAUAGAGAUUCCUGCUGACUACCAGCGGAUAUGCAAGAUGCUCUACUACCUCUGGAUGCUGCAUUUGGUGACUCUAUUUCUGAACCUGCUUGCCUGCCUGGCCUGGUUCUUAGUCGACAGCACCAAGGGAGUGGACUUCGGCCUCUCGAUCCUGUGGUUUAUCAUCUUCACCCCCUGUGCCUUCAUUUGUUGGUACCGACCCAUCUAUAAGGCCUUUAGGUCGGACAACUCCUUCAGCUUCUUCGUGUUCUUCUUUGUAUUUUUCUGUCAAAUAGGGAUCUACAUCAUCCAGCUGGUUGGCAUUCCUGGCCUGGGGGACAGCGGUUGGAUUGCAGCCCUGUCUACACUGAAGAAAGACCACUUGGCCGUGUCAGUCAUCAUGAUGGUGGUGGCUGGCUUCUUCACUCUCUGUGCUGUGCUCUCGCUCUUCCUUCUGAAGCGGGUGCACUCCCUGUACCGCCGGACUGGGGCCAGCUUCCAGCAGGCCCAAGAGGAGUUUUCCCAGGGCAUCUUCAGCAACAGGACCGUCCGCAGCGCCGCCUCAUCCGCUGCCCGAGGGGCCUUCCAGGGGAACUAGUCCUCCCAACUCGGUCCCUCUGCCCAGCCUUUCCUUCGUCUGCCUUCCAGCAGCACUUCCCCUGAGUGCCUUAAGCAGUGGUCCCGCCCAGUGGAGACCUGGGGAGCGGAUCUGGCCGUGGCCCCUCCUCCUUCCUCAGCAAGGAGCUCUUUUCUUCUACCCCGGGGGAGGGGGUGGGAGGGACUGGAACUUCAUUUUUACACAAGAAAAAAAACCACAACAAAGCUCUUUCCUUCUGACCUCGUGGUUUGGUAGGUAGGCUUCUUUUGUCUCCCUGGAAGCAGUGGGACUGAAGUUCUCUUCCCUCUGCACACACGCGCGUGCGCACACAUGCGCACUUGGGGUCACUGACUGACCUGGGCCCACCCCAGCUGCAGUUUGUUCCUGCAGGAGUCCUGGGACUCCCGUCUUCCCCCCGCGGACCUAGCCUGUGGCUUCCCCCAUCCCGCCCUUCCUUCCUGCCUAGGCAGCCUCCCAAGGGCUCCUUCAAACAGGCUGCAGCCCGGGUGGACGGACAGCUCUUCCUCAGAUCUCUGUGGCCUGGUUUCUAGGCUUUAGAGCCUCUGGCCUGGUGGCCCCAGACUGUUCCCCACCUCGUGUUUCUCACACACAGAUUCAUAGCCCUUCAAGUGCCCUGCGCCCUCAUGGUGUGGGCAGCACCCUGUGCCCUCUGGGGUCCUGCCUGACUGCUUCCCUCCUUAGACUUACUGAAUGUGCAGUGGGGUUGGUUGGGAUUUGGGGAGGGACAGAGGACACUGACCCCAAGUUGUCCUGCCCAGGCUCUGGCAGGCAUCUGGGAGGAUGGGGUCUGACUGGCCAGGUGUGGUUUGUGUGGCCCUCUUUGGGUUUCCUUUCUCCUGAGGGCCGGCUGUCCUUGGCAUUGGCCUAAGAUUCUCCCCCUGACUGCCCCCCGCCGUCGGCAGUGUCCAGCUUGUGUGCCUCUUAGGGAGGGCGGGGGAAUCAGAACUGUGUCCUUCGGGCUGGAUUGAUAAGCCACCUUUCUGAGGGUUCCAGGCUAGUCCUUCAGGACUCCCCCGUACCCCGCUGGGUUCUAGUCUCCUUCCGCUGGUCCUGGGGAUUCCCCAGGAGGUGUCACUGAUGGGCUCCUAGGAGUCCUUCGUCAAAACCCGCACUCUGCCCUCCAGAGGUGGUAGGAAUGGGUAUGUGGACCAAAGGGACUUCUCAAAGAGCUGGCCAGCCUCCUGCCUCUGUGACCUGGGGCCCACCAGGCUGCUAACCCCCUCAGCUCCAGAGCCACUGAAUGAUAAUGGCAGUGACCAAGGUUUUGUAAACUUUCUGGUAUUUUUUUCUCCAUGUACAAAUGUUUGUUAUGUCUCAAUUUUUGUGCUUUAAAUAAAAAUGACAUUUUCAGACA